UAUAAUAAGAAACGAAUUGAAUCUUUCAUGAAUGAAAAGAAAGCAAGAAAAGCAUUUUCGUAGAAACUGAACGUAUUAUGAGAUCAGCUGACUUUAAUAGGAAAAUUAUUGAUUACUUCCUUUAUAAAAUCACUUUAGAAUGCUCUCAAAUUAAUCAUGUUCUUUCAUUUCAUUUUAUGUUUCUCUUUACAGAAGCACUUUUACAAUCAAGGCCGUUGCCGCAUGUACCAAAGGGAACUCUGGCUCCGACGGUCGAUUUAUUGUGCCAACCGGAAACUUCUGAACACAGUGGAACUUUAUUAUCGCAGGGAAGCAACAGUAGCAAUCAACAACAGACAAGCUUCGAGACAGCAAACCGUUGGACAUCCAAAGAGAAUUUAUUGACACCAGCACCUGAAGAUGACGACCCGCAAUUAUUUGUCGCACUUUAUGACUUCAAAGCUGGCGGCGAAAAUCAACUAAGUCUCAGAAAAGGCGAGCAAGUCAGAAUCUUAUCGUACAACAAGUCAGGCGAAUGGUGUGAAGCGCAUUCCGAUUCAGGUCAUGUCGGUUGGGUGCCAUCGAACUAUGUCACUCCAUUGAACUCCCUUGAAAAGCAUUCGUGGUAUCAUGGACCAAUCUCAAGAAAUGCUGCUGAAUAUCUUCUCAGUUCAGGAAUCAACGGCAGCUUCUUAGUUCGUGAAAGUGAAAGUUCACCAGGUCAACGUAGCAUCAGCUUACGUUAUGACGGUCGCGUUUAUCAUUAUCGCAUUCAAGAAGAUACUGAGGGAAAAGUUUACGUGACAGCUGAAUAUAAAUUCAACACUCUUGCCGAGCUCGUACAUCAUCAUAGUGUUCUUCAUGAAGGACAUGGACUGAUUACACCGCUGCUGUAUCCAGCACCGAAACAAAACAAACCAACUGUGUUCCCUUUGAGUCCCGAACCUGAUGAAUGGGAAAUUAGUCGAACUGAUAUUGUGAUGAAACAUAAACUUGGAGGUGGUCAAUAUGGCGAAGUUUACGAAGCAAUUUGGAAACGAUAUGGAAACACUGUCGCUGUGAAGACUUUGAAAGAAGAUACGAUGGCAUUAAAAGAUUUCCUUGAAGAAGCUGCAAUUAUGAAAGAAAUGAAGCAUCCAAAUCUUGUGCAAUUGAUUGGUGUUUGUACACGUGAACCUCCGUUCUAUAUCAUUACAGAAUUUAUGAGUCAUGGAAACCUUCUCGAUUUUCUACGUGCUGCUGGUCGUGAGACUCUUGACGCUGUUGCUCUUCUCUACAUGGCAACACAAAUUGCAUCGGGCAUGAGUUAUCUUGAGAAUCGAAAUUUUAUUCAUCGUGACUUGGCGGCAAGAAAUUGCCUUGUCGGUGAUAAUAAUCUUGUAAAAGUUGCUGACUUUGGACUUGCUCGAUUAAUGCGCGAUGAUACGUACACAGCUCAUGCUGGAGCGAAGUUUCCAAUCAAAUGGACAGCACCAGAAGGUCUCGCUUACAAUAAGUUCAGCACAAAGUCUGAUGUCUGGGCGUUUGGUGUUUUAUUGUGGGAAAUUGCAACGUAUGGAAUGUCACCUUAUCCUGGUAUUGAACUGACCGACGUUUUCCAUCGUCUUGAAUCGGGUUAUCGUAUGGAGCGUCCACCUGGUUGUCCACAUGAAGUUUAUGAUCUGAUGAGAAAAUGUUGGCAAUGGAGUGCUUCAGAUCGACCGACAUUUAAAUGCAUUCAUCAUGAUUUGGAACAUAUGUUUCAGGAAUCAUCAAUUAUCGAAGCGGUCGAAAAGCAACUCCAAGGGCAGUCAAGUGCUUCGUCACAACCCAGUUUAACUCCUCAAAUGGGGAAAAAGCCACAAAUGGGCACACAUAUUGCUCAACAGCACCAACAACAUCAACAACAAAUGGAACAACAAGCGAUUACUCCGUUGUCUGAUUCGUCGUCAAAACUCAGCACAUUCUCUUCAACUGGAAAGUCGGGAUCUGUUGUGCAAAUGAGAAGAACAACGAAUAAAAGAGGAAAAACAGCUCCAGCUCCACCAAAACGAACUAGUCUUCUCUCAUCAAGCCGCGACUCAACAUAUCGCGAUGAUGAUCCGCGUAACAUUGAGGAGCUUAACGGUAUGGGUAAAAUUGCUAAAUCAUCUUCUUGCAGUAGCUUCCUUAUCGAUAUUCUUUUUCGAGGAUUUUCUCGUGAAAUUGCGAAUCUUGCAUCACGGGCUGAUUCUGAGAAUGAGAAUCAAGAAGUGACACCUGACACUGAUGACAGUCAAGAACAUUUGACAUCAAAGCAUUCAAUGAUGCCACCUCAAGCUCCUCAGAAUUCAUUUAAACGAGCACCAGUAAUGGGUAAUCGUGGAUUGGAAACAAGAAAUAGCAAAAGAUCAGCACAAAGAAAGACGCCACUUGCUCCAAUUAACCAUUCAUCAUCGUCAUCACCACCGAUUCCAUCGCAACCAGUUGUUGGUGCACUUGAAGUUCAGAAUGUUAAAAGAGCGAUCAAUCGUUAUGGAACUUUACCGAAAGGAGCUCGAAUUGGCGCAUAUCUUGAGUCAUUACGACAAAAUGGAGAAAGUGGUUCACCACCAAACACUUCGCCACUCGCCCAAGUUCAACAACAAUCGAAUGGAAAUGGAAUUCAUUUACCUACACCCGAAGUUCCUUCCAAUCAACAUUCACCAAGAACACCUUUAAAGGUUCAACCACAAAUGAUUCGAAGUAAUUCGUCAGGUGGCGUCACAAUGACAAAUUCAGCAACUGCGAGUCUCACAAAACUUCAACGUCAUCGAACAACAACUGACGGUUCUAUGAUGACAACAUUCUCAAGUUUUCGUAGUGCUGGAAGCAACAACAGUCCAAAACGUGCAGCACAAGCACCAGCAUUAGCUGAUCUCGAAUUUCCACCACCACCUUUAGAUCUUCCGCCGCCACCAGAAGAAUUUGAAGGAAAUAACAACGCCAGUAACAACAACAAUCAUCAGUUCCAUCAUGACAUUCCACCGAAACAUGUUCAAAUAAAUAAUGACGUGUCGAAUACGGCACCGAGUGUUGAAGAGGCUAGCACGAGAUUUGGUGUGAGUUUAAGAAAGCGUGAACCAUCAACAGAUUCAUGCAGUUCUUUAGGAAGUCCUGGAAAUGAUCUUGUCGAGUCAUCAAACAAUAAAUCGCCAUACAGUGACGUGCCAAUCAGUGAAAUGACGGAAUGUUCAAUGAUAAAACCUGAAAAGCCAAUGAAACCCAACACACCAAAGCCAAACAUUCCCGUUGCUGCUGCUCCAUCAGAUGCAAAUGGAAUUCAACCAUUUAAAGCACAAUUGAAGAGAGUCGAACCGAAGAAAGUUAAUAAAGAACCACCAAAAGACGAAAUCACCACAAGUAUUAUCGAUUUUAAAUCGCGAUUACGUAAAGUUGAUGAUGGAGGAAACGAUGAGAUUAACAACAAAACUAACAUUAAAAGUGAUAACAAAAUAACUUCAACAACAACGAUAAGCGAUGUUAAACCAAAUAACAAUAACACGACAAUGAACGGUAGUAAAAAGACUGAAAUUAAAAUCGACAUUGUUGAUGAUACAAAGAAAAAGACGAAAGAAUCGUCGAAUGAGAAUAAAAGUGUAAGUGGUGGAGGUGAAAAUACUUUAAUUACUGAAGAUGACAAGAGAAAGAGUACGGGAAGUAUAAGUAGUUUGAAGAAGCUAUGGGAGGCGAAAGAACAUGCACCAACAGCAGAUCAAGUUGGUCAGUUGAGUCCAAAGAUGGGAAUGAAGAAGAAAGAUGAACACGAUGACAACCACAAUAAUAAUAACAAUAAUAAUAUUAACAACAGUAACAACACUUCACCAAGCAAUGGACACCAUGAGAAUUCAAGCAUGGAACCGCCUGUGGCUAAGAAGCCUGCUGUACCAGUAAAGCCAUCAAAGUUCACCAUUUAUGCAACACCAAUUCAACAACAAACUCCAAAAGUUAUUGAAAACAACAAUCAUGCGACGACAACAAAUUCAGCCGUUCCAGGAAGUCGCGAGAAUAUUCUUGAGAUGGUUCAGUUGGUUGAAUGUAAUUUAAAGAUUCCUGUUAAUUUAAUAACAGCAACUCAAUGGCUUCAAUUGAGUGAUAAGUUGAAUGUUAUUCAAACGUCGUGUGUCACUUAUGCUGACAAUGAAUCGAUGCCACUUCACUCAAAGUUUCAGUUUCGUGAACUUGUGACAAGAGUCGAGAACCAAUCGAAUUGUUUAAGAUCGGCUGGACAGAAAAACGUUCAAGAUAAUGAGAAACUUCUAGUCGAAGUUGGCCAAUCAUUGAAACAGUUGUCGAAUGCACUUCAUAGGUAAGAUCGCGGAUAGCCGCGGAACUCAAACGAUUCUUCUCUAUGGCUAUUUGAUAUGGUUCACAAUAUUCAAAUCUAUUUUUCUACAUUUAACCUUUACCAACAACUUAUCUAUCUUUAAAUGAAUCUACACAACAGCAUAAUUAAUAUUAAAAAGAUAUUUCUAGUGAUCGUCUUAUUAAAAUUAAUCAAUCAAAAAGAAACAUUCAUUGGAUCAAAAACAAUUUCUCAAUAACAAAAAACAAUUUAUCUCUUGAUGUUAAGAAUUAUUAAGGAAAGAAAAAGAAAACUUAGUUAGAGUAAUUAUUUUAAUUUCAUUCAAUGACAUUCAGAAUAGAAUUUCAAACAUAAAAAUUGAACAAAACUUUUAAAUUAAAAUAGUUACUCUAAUAAUUUUAAAUAUCUAAAGCUUUGAUGUUGUUUUUCCCCUUUUGACUUUAAUAUUUUUUACUGUUUUAACGCCUGCCAUAAACACUUCAUUGAAUUUGUUGAGCGAAUGACUUCUUCCUUUUAAAAUUUCGUUGUAAACUUCAAACGCCCAUAAAUUGGACAAAUUUUCCUUUUUUUACUUGUAAAGCUUUUAAUCAGAUUUGUGAUGCUUUUGAUGUGCGAACAUGUCAACAAAUGAGGGAAAUAAAAUCUUUCAUGCUUUAUGAUGGAGCUUUCAAACAUCAAAGCUUCCAUCAGUCUGAUUAUUCGCUUUAAGAUAUACAAAAAUAAAACAUUUUAAUCCCAAUUAAAUUGAUGUGUAGCUGAUGAUAAUUAAAAUGCUUAUGAAACAUUAAAAUGUGUGUAACGUAUGAUAAAUAAAAUUUCACAAUCAAAUUCCUUAAAUAUUUAUUCCAUUAAUAAAUGCUCAACAAUCGUGACAGCUUAUGACGAAAUAAUUAACAACUCAACUCUGCACUUUUUUUCGAUUUCGUUUUCAUCAUUUAACAAAUUAUUUUUCGCGUUCUUGUCGUUAAUUUCUCAUGCAAAUAAUAUCUUUUGUUCUUAAAGACAGUGAAUAAACAUGACAAUGGUGUUGAAACCAAUACAAUAAAUACACAAAAGUCACAGUUAUUACGACCCUCUAAAUUAAAUUUUCUUCCAUUCAAAACUCUUUUCAAAAAAUUGAUUUGUGUGAUUGGAAAAUAUUUACAAUUAUUUAUCAUCUCGUGCAAACAAUUAGCAUAAGUUGAGUUGAGCAAAUAAAAAUGAAGAAACUUCGGACUUCUUCGAAAAGCAAAGAAGAUGAAUAAAUUUAAAUUUAACAUUUUAAGAUGCUAGUCGAUAUGAAAAUUAUCAAAUGAAAAAUAAAUAAAUUCAAAUUCAACAAUCAUAUGUAAUUAAACACAAAAAAUAAUUUCUUCUGUUUAUAAUCACGAAAUAAGUUUGUAAUUUUAAGAUGUUUCAUAUCCAGACAUUCGAUAAGAUUGUAGAAAUGAUUCUUUCGUGAUUAAGAAAGGAUUGUGGUUCUUAGUCUUCAUCUCUUUGUAACUAAAUAAUUGUAACUUUAACUUUAACUUUAAUUCGUUCUUAAGAAAGACGAUUCUUUCCAUGUCUUAAUUCAUCAUAAUCAGGCACUGGAAUUUAGUACUCGAACUUUUAUUUUUCAUAAGUAAAAUUUAAUUGUAAUGAAAAUUGAUUUCAUCCAGUUCCUGAUUUCAAUCAAAUUCCAUUACAUCCAAUAACACUAACUUGAAUCCUUGCGGUUUUCCUAUCACAUCUUUUUUGUUUUAUUCUUCUCAAUUGCAAAACUGAUGCAUACUUACUCCCAAAGAUAUUUUAUAAUUUUACUUUAUAAAUUAAAGAACGAUAUGAAUGAGAACUGCAACGAUGACAUUUUAUUGAACUGCUGAACUAUUUAAAUAGAAUAUGAUAAGAAAAUUAAAGUCUCUUUGGAUUGCGCUUUGUUUUUAAGCGUAAACAUUAUGUCUUAGAAUUUAAGAAGUAAAUAAGCAAGAAAUUGAAUGAUAAAAAAAUAUUUAAUCAAACCCUUAUUAUGAUUAUGGAAAAUGCUGAAAAACAUAAAAUACAAGGAAAAUCUUCAUAAAAAAAAAUCACAAAAAACGUGAG